ACCCCCUAGAUCCAUGCUCUUUCCGGUACGUACCUUCGUACUGAUGUACUCGUCUCUCCUAGCUGCCCUGAAACUACUUUGCCGCCGGCAUUCGAAGGGCCUGUUCUUGUGUCUGCUCCUGUCGUCAAUAGAUCUUAUAACUCCAAGAUGCGCUCCUCUCGAUCCUCUUGAUUUGAUCCCUGCCUUGACAACUCGAACAACAAACAACUUCAACUCGUCGCCAGACCCGUCUCUCUCUUCCUACAUUCAGUCUUCUGCCUCAGAGCAUGGCCCAUACUGCCGUUGCCAAUACUCGAUCCAGACCUGUCACCAUUACCGUUGUUGCACACCACGACGAGAAGUACGCUGCCGACAACAUGACACGAUCAGCUUCCGCAGAGCCUACGAAGCCCACCAAGCGCAAGGGCACCAGAAGCGUCUCAACCUUGACGCCCUCCCAGCUUGCGCGUAAGCGUGCCAAUGACAGAGAAGCACAGCGCGCCAUCAGAGCUAGAACGAAAGAGCACAUUGAGCGUCUUGAGCGCGAGCUUGAGGAGCUCAAGAGCGAGCGCGGCCGCGAUCAGAGCCAGACCGUCCAGGAGCUUUUGCGCAAGAACAAGGCACUUGAAGAGGAAUUGUUCAAGCUCAGAGAGAGCAUGGGCGUUCCCAACGGGCAGUCCUACCCAAACUCAGGUACGGCUGCUUCCAUUGCCUCGUCUUCUGCGUGGCUGCCUCUGGUUCGUGCUGACUCGGCUCCAGUGUACGACGACAAUCUGAGCUCUAUUAGCGGCGCAGUCCCCAGUCCUCGAUCCUCGCCAUUCCCUUCAAACGGUGACUACAACGUCAUGCAAGAACUCGGUCCCUCCUACGUGCCCAUGCCGGAUGCGUCAGAGUCAUGGGGCCCAGGCAUUCCCGUUUCCGUUCCUUCGACCGUUUCAAGCCCGUCAUCGUCCGCCAACACCGAUGAGUACGGCGCAGGCUACAUCCCCACGAGCGUCCCCGCGCCGAUGAUGGAUGCCCGAAGCAUACCGGCAAAGAUGAGUGAAUAUGACGAUGUCGACUCUGACGCUGGAUACCCUCACAGCCACCACUCAAUGCCUCAUCAGUCGCAGGUUCCCAUCUCUCAUCAUCAUCAGCCGUAUCUUCAUCACCAGCAGUCGUGGAAUUCGUAUCCAACUCCGGUGUACUACCAACAACCGUCAGCUCAUUGAUUCGCCAGCCUGGCACCACCCUCUGGGAGAUUCCGACCCUCAUCGUCCCGCCAACUUGUCGAAUCGACCAGUUGAUUGUCGGCUUCAUACAGGACUGUCGCCGACUGUCACAACUAAAGUCUCUCGACAACCUCCUCCGACCUGCUAGGGUCAAUGUGAAGAAUUUCCUCGAGUAUCAUCCGGCUUCGCCUACAACAGAACCUCCACGAUGCCAGCUAGCCGACCUUGAUCGAGCCGCUUCCACAACAGUCACGGGUCCCGGCGUCAAGCACCCCAUGGCUGAGCUCAUCACUGCUCUCGUCAACAAGGCAGGUGUCACCAACGUCAUUGAACGCUUAGCAGUCUUCGCCGUCAUCCAACGAGCCAUCGCCUGGCUGGUGCACCCAACGCGUGAGGCAUACCAGGCCAUUGUGCCUGAACUCACGCCGAAGCCGUGCCAGACCAGAAUUCCGCAUCCUCAGUGGGUUGAUCUCAUUCUUUGGGCACCUCUGCGCACUGCCAUUAUCGAACGCCAGGAGUUGUACGCGAACGAAGAAUUUCAAGGCGUAUACUCGUCUAGCUUGAGACUGAUCAAUUGGCCAUGCCGGCCAAUUGACGCCUUGGUGGUCGACCCGCAGUCUGGAGAGAUGUGGCUCAGCGACACGUUUACUGCCCACGCAAUGCGCCUCGAAAACUGGCGCCUCAACGAGAACUUUGUUCGCCGUUACCCCGAACUUCGUGGCUGUGUUGCAGUCGAAGGUUCCUGAGACGGAUACGAUACUUGGCGCCAAUUUCUUCACCUAUUUACUUGUCCAUACUUCGUAACUUGGGGCUAUUAGUCUCCAUUUUUCUUUCACGUCCUCCUUCCUCCUUUGUUAUGAGAAUGGAGUUUCAUUCUAGCUGGAAUGGGAUGGGACCUCUCAAGGGGGAAACACAUCAAACACACACACACGCACGCACACACUUUGCCUGAUUGGGUCUGUUGUAGUAGAUAAAAACAAAAACGGGUUGGCUUCGUUAUGGCAUUCGAAUGCGGGCCAGGAGAGCAUGGUGGCUGGGACUGCUUCUAUUCUUUUCACUCACGACCUUUUUUCCUUCUUCUUUUUUACCCGCGAUACCGGUGCAUCAGAAACAGGGUGGAGGACUUCUGCGACCAACCCCAAAUUACCACUGCUUUUUUGUUGUUGCUCAAACUGCCGAGAGACUUGGAGAAAGGAAGGCGCUUUACAGGAUUUUUGGAGGUUUUCUUAUUUCUUCGCCUUUUGUUUAUCAUCAUUUUUGGGUACCAAACCAUUGGGCGGUUUUAGACUUUCUUGGGGAAACGGGGGAUGAUACACACACAUUCUGGGAUGGGAUUAAAAGAAUGUGAUUAUGGACUUUUUGAUGUUUAACCAUAGUUAUGCGGGCUGGAGAGGAUAAACCCGAUCUAGACCUUGCCAGAAACAAACCACAAAAUUUGAUGAACCG